UUCACUACAACACAGGCAAUUAGCCUUGUAUGUAGUAGGAAAUUGAUUUGCUUUACUAAUCAGACAUAUUUGUUGUCGUUGAUACACUCACAAGAUCUCCACAAUUUUCAAUAUCAGCCAUGGCGGAAGCAGUACUUUCUGCUCUAAUGGAAGUCCUCUUCCAAAAGACAGCUUCCCAAAAUUUCCAAAGAAAUGGACUGCUAGGAAGUACAAAGAAAGAGAUGUUGAAUCUGCAGAGCACAUUAUCAACAAUUCAAGCUGUCCUACAAGAUGCUGAGGAAAGGCAAAUGAAAGAAAAAGCUUUGAAGAAUUGGCUGGUGAAGCUCAAAGACAUAGUCUAUGAAGCAGAUGAUUUGUUGGAUGAAUACAUGACUGAAUUACUCCGCCAUAAGGUAAUUCUCGAUGACCGGGAAACCCGUUAUUGUGUUUUUCAUGCUGUCAAUUCUCUUUAUCUGAAUGGUACAUUACUUUAUUUGGGUUAUGGUAUGAAGUUGAAACUAAAACAAGUUGGAGAAAAAUUAGACCUUGUUGCAAAUGAGAGCCAAAUUCCAUUUUAGGGAUGUUGUUCAUCAAAAAGGGUUUUCUUGUGAAAGACCACAAUCAGAUUCUUAUAUAAUUGAAUCAAAGAUUUUAGGGAGAAAUAAGGAUAAAAAUAAUAUAAUCAAGCUACUUAUAGGAUCAGAUGUGUCAGUUGUGAGUAUUAUUGGAAUUGGAGGAAUUGGGAAGACAACAGUUGCAAAAUUGGUUUAUAAUGAUGCCGUUGUGGAGAAUAGUUUUGAUACAAGAAUAUGGGUUUGUGUCUCAGAAGGAUUUAAUGUGAAAAGACUUCUUAAAGCAAUCAUAGAAUCUGGCACUAGUAGUAGUUGUAACCUUGUAGAGAUGGAUGUGAUCCAGCAGCGUGUCCAGGAGUUGAUAUUGGGCAAGAAAUUUUUGCUUGUCCUAGAUGAUGUAUGGGAUGAUGAUCAUGAGAAAUAUGAGAGAUUAAAGAAUUUAGUUCACAAUGGUUUGGAUGGGAGUAAGCUCCUAGUGACUACUCGCAAUGAGAAGGUUGCAUUACUGAUGGGCACAACAAAUCCAUACUGUUUGGAAGGCGUUUCAGAUGGUGAUUGCUGGUCCUUAUUUCAGGAGCUUGCAUCUAAGAAUAGGCAAAAAGAACUAUUAGCUCUUGAGGAGGUUGGGAAAGAAAUUGCAAAGAAAUGUAGGGGAGUUCCUUUAGCGGCAAAGGCCCUUGGAAGUUUAAUGUGCUUGAAGAAUCAGAAAUCUGAGUGGUCUUUCAUCCGAGAUUGUGCAAUGUGGGAUCUUAUGGGACAUGAAGAUGGAGCUGGAAUUGUUUCGGCACUAAGAUUAAGUUAUGAAUACUUGCCAACACAUCUGAAACAAUGUUUUGCAUAUUGUUCUAUAUUUCCCAAGGGCUAUCGGAUAAAUAAAAACACCUUGAUAUGCCUAUGGAUGGCGGAAGGAUUUGUUCCGUCCUCUGAAAGCAUACCACCAGAAGAAGUUGGGAAUGGUUAUUUCAAUGAGUUGUUGUGGCGCUUAUUCUUCCAAAAUGUGAGAAGAGAUUUUGAUGGGAAUAUAGUCUAGUGUGACAUGCAUGAUCAUGUUCAUGAUCUUGCCAAAUCUGUAGGCGGUGUUGAUUGUUUAACAAAAGAAUUUGGCGAGGAAGUUAUCAUUCCUGUGGCGACAUGCCACUUAUAGAUGUUUGGCAAUGAGGUGGUACCUAAAAAUCCCGGCAUGUUGAAGAGUGCUCAAAAGCUGCGAUCAUUUCUUCUAUUGGAUGGGCAGAGAAAUAUCACAAAACUUUCCAAGAGUUUCUUUUUGAGCUUUAAAUCUAUUCGGGCUUUAGAUUGCGGCGGUACUCGCAUAAAGAAGUUGUCUAAUUCAAUUGGUACUUUAUUACAUCUGCGGUACCUCAAUCUUUCACAUACUCUGCUGAAAACAUUGCCUAAGUCUAUCUGUUGCCUCCUUAAUCUUGAAGCUUUAAUAGUGAAUCAUUGCAACCAUCUGAUAAAACUUCCGGGAGAAAUUAGAAGGUUGGUGAACCUUAGACAUCUGGAUAUAUACGGAUGCACAUCCUUAACUAUGUUAGCUGGUGGCAUUGGACAGAUGAGAUCCCUUCAAACGUUGCCAGUUUACAUUGUCAGCAAUGCUGCUGCUAGUGACAUCUCAGAAUUGCAGAGACUCGAUCUUCAUGGUGAAUUAAUGAUCAAAAACCUUGAGAAUUUGUCCUAUGAGAUAUGUGCCAAAAAUGCGAACUUGAAAGGGAGGAAGCACAUCUGAUUUCUAAAAUUAAUAUGGGCUCAAAUUGAAGAAAUAGAGAUGAGAGAAAAUGUUGAGCGAGUUGUUGAGGGCCUUCAACCAAAUUCUGAUUUGAGGAAGUUAUGUUGGGUUUAAUUGAUAGUUUGAAUGGGAAAUUGAGGGAAAAAGAAGUGGAGAGAAAAAUGAUCUGUUCUCUCUUGCUUUAUUAAAUAAGCUUUGGUCCCACAUAGGUGGUGGAAAGGAAAAGUCUCCUACUUAAAAGUAGAAGCACUCCUUCAUGUUGCUAAAGGGUCAAGAAGAGGGUCUCCCCUCGCGCCGUCGUCGUCGUCGCUGGCUCGGCUCGGCUUCGGCUUCGGAUUUGGUCAAUUGAUUUGAUUGAUAAUCUUUUUGGACCAAAUUUCCUUUAAAUUUUAAUUAAUUAAUACUAUUUAUUUAUUUAAUUAAUUAAGUGAAAAAAUCCUGACCCGCGACCCGUUUCUUUCCCGGAUUAAUUUAAAAAUAUUUCCCUCCAUUUUUUCCAACGAAUUUUUGAAAGGUUGCAACCUUGUCCGAAAAGUUGCAAACCUUUUUCUCAACAGUCAAACAUUUUUCCAACAGGUGCCUUUUCUUAAAAGGUGCAAAUAGUCUAUAUAUAUCUGUUAAUCCUCAGAAUGUUCCAUAUGAAAUUUCUGAAAUAACAUCUUCUUCUUCUUCUUUCUACACUUCCUACAACUCGUGUGAUAUACAACCAUUAAGUAGUUCGCAGUCACCAUAAUUUGCUGUACCGCUAUUCUGGUGAGUAAAUCGUUUUAUCCUGGGAGGAAAGAUUCCAAAACCUUUGGUACAUUGAGGGGAAUAAUUUCCUUAAGGACACACUGUGCAUUCAGUGGGCUCGGUUUCUUGUUCUUACAUAAUUUUACCAAGCACUGUUCUUAUUUUCUGUUCUGGUUCUAUCUUUUAUUUCAGAAUUUAUUGUUGGUGUUUCAUCAUUUGUUGUCAAUACAAUUUACUAACAAGUUACACGUAGAGGGUUAUAUUGGUGCAAAUUUCCCCAGUUGGUUGAUGGCUACAUACUUGAUAAACAUUGUGGAACUCUCACUUCUCAAAUGUCACAGAUGCGCAGAGCUGCCCCAACUAGAGAAGCUGCCUUUUCUUGAGGUUCUCACUGUUGAUGGAAUGGAUUCUGCAAUGUAUUUCUGCGGUAGUUCUGAUGAAAAGGAUUCGGUUAUCCAUUUUGUAUCACUGUAGCAACUGACUCUCAGCAAUAUGCCCUGUCUAUUGGGAUGGUCAGUUAAUGAAGAUCAUGGGAUUCUUCCUUGUCUAAAGAAACUUAUUUGCGAGGCAUGUCCCUAUUUGAAUAACUUGCCAUAUCUUCCCUCUCUCAACUCAUUAGAAUUGUCUGGUUGUAGCAGUGAAUUACUAGCAGUGACAGCAGCCAAGGUUACCUCCCUUACUCAUCUUAUGAUCAGUGAAUUUUUGGAACUUAUACAGUUACCUGAAGGGUUGCUGAAAAACAAUAUAAGUCUGCUGUCUGUAGAAAUUAGAUAUUUUCCAGAGAUUCGAAGUCUUUUGAAUGAGCUGAAAGUUCUUCCUUGUCUCGAGUCAUUAAGCAUCAGUAACUGUAAGAAUCUCAGUUCUAUGCUCGAUUCCUGUGGACUUGGGACUUUGAAGUCCUUGUCCAUUCAUGGUUGCCAUAACAUUAGCCUGGAAAAAGGAUUACAAAGUUUACAGUUUCUUCAAUAUGCAUCACUCUCUGACUGUGGAAACUUGACAACCUUGCCGAUGACUAUGCAACACCUUAUGUCUCUCCAAACUCUGCAUAUAUGGAGCUGUUCUGAGAUGUUUUCCAGAAUAGCUAGGAGACCUCAUUUCCCUUAGAGAAUUGGAGCUGUGGUACUGUGUAAAGUUAAGUUCUCUACCAGAAUCAGUGAAAAAGCUAACCAAGCUUCAGUUUCUGUCUAUAUGGGGCUGUCCACACUUGGGAUUAAGAUGCAGAAAGGAUGUUGGAGAAGAUUGGCACAAGAUAAAACAUGUUCCAUUCAUCAAGAUUAAUGGCCCAUAUAUCCAAGAUAUGACAGAGAUAAAGAGAGAGAUAUUGAAUAUGAAUGACUUUGUUAUUGAUGUAUUGAAGGGGAGCCUGGGAGUUAUCUCUGUGUGACCCAUAUGGGUCACAGGUUUGAGCCGUGGGAUCAACUACUGAUGCUUGCGUCAAGAUAGGCUGCCUACAUUACACCCCCUUGGGGUGCAUCCCUCCCUGGACCUAACCUGAACGCGGGAUGCCUUUUACUGAAAUGAUUUUUCUAAUAUUGAUUGAGGAUAAGAUGUUACAUCAAAUUUAAAAUUAAUAAUUAGUAUUUCAUAAUUGUUGUAUGUCAGUUUGACUUUUCUUGAUGGUAGUUUUGCAUUUAAGGAGGUGGUUAUUUUAUUCGACAAGCUAAAGUUAGAUAGUUGGUCAAACCAAAACGAAAGGGAGAAGUAUAACAGAAACACUGUUCUUGCUUUUCAUUUGUAAAAGAAUUUGUUGGCGUGAGCAUAGGUAGAGUUAUUGUUGUUAAACUUCCAUUAGUUAUUUUGUUUCCAGGGGAUUUUUAUGUUUCGUUAAAGAUUUGUAUGUUAGUAUAGAAUAAGUGUGGGAGUUAAAGAAUCUCUAGUUUGAGGGAGCCCUUGCUUUUUUCUUUUCUUUUCUGGAUAACGUUGAGAGAAUCCUUAAAUUCCCUAAAAAGAGACUAUUGAGUAUUGAAAUGAAUUAUGCCCAGAUAGAGUGGAAUGGAUAUAAAGGAUUCAUAUAGCUGACACCGACUAGUUUGGGUUGAGCUAGUAGAUUGAUUGACAGUCUGAACAUGUAUAUAGCAGUAUCAGUUUGGUUUCUCAUCCAAAAGUUUUA